AUGGUGAAGACACAGAAGUUCGUGCUUGCUAAGCAUUUCCAAGGUGCACCAAAAGAAAGUGAUUUUAAGCUCGUGGAGGAGGAGCUGAGAAGUAUCGUCAGUGGGGAGAUGCUGUUAAAGACGGAAUUCAUAACAGUGGAUCCUUACAUGAGGGUGAUUGAAAGUCGUCAUGCAGACUAUCCUGUUGGCACUGUUGUAGUGAAUCGCAGUGGAUGGACUACAUAUAGCAUUUCGGAUGGCAUAGACCUAGGAUUCUUCUCUAGCUCUGCAGGAUUUCCAUUAAGGAAGCUCACAUUUCCACCUGACUUACCACUGUCCUUGGCACUGGGAGUUUUAGGAAUGCCAGGAGGAACUGCAUACUAUGGCCUAUUAGAUUUGUGUAAACCUAAAGCAGGGGAAACUGUAUUUGUAAAUGCAGCAUCGGGUGCAGUUGGUGGAAUAGUUGGACAGAUUGCCAAGAUUAAGGGAUGUACCGUUAUUGGCUGUGCUGGUACGGAUGGUAAAGUUGAAUUACUGAGAGAAUUAGGUUAUGACAAAGUGUUUAACUACCGAACUGAGAACUUGGACGAUGCAUUGACUAGAACCGCUACUAAUGGUAUCGAUUGUUAUUUUGACAAUGUUGGUGGUCCAUUUUCAAAUACAGUGUACAAACAUCUCAAUGUAUUCGCUCGUGUGGCUGUUAGUGGGUCGAUAUCACAAUACAAUAAAAUCAAUCCUGACAAAGUAACACCAAUGGAGAUCACCGUGGCCUCGAAAAGCUUGACCAUAAGAGGAUUCUUUUUUCCCCGUUAUCAGCAGCAAGCUUCACAAGCAUAUGAUGAAAUGUUGGAAUGGAUAACUGAGGGAAAACUGAAAUACAAAGAAGACGUUACUGUAGGAUUUGAACACACACCCAGCAAGUUCAUUGGUUUGUUCUCUGGUGCUAAUAUUGGCAAAGCUAUAAUAAAGAUCUAG